CCGGCGCCGACGCCGACGCGCAAGCGCCGGGAGGAGACCAUCCAGCAGCACGCGGCGCCGUGUCUUGGUGUGGCGCCCGUCGUCAAGAAGCGGCGCGCCUCGGGCCCAACAGUUGAGGAGCAGGAGGAGCCCCCCACAGCUGGAGAGCAGGAGAAGCAGGAGCAGCAGGAGCAGCCGCUGGACGGCGCCCCCGAGGGCGAGUUGUUCCUCGUGGAGGUCAAGACGCGCGACGAGCUGCUCGAGAGCGCAGACGCCGCCGCUGAGGCCCAGAAGCUGCGCCAGCUGCUGCUGCAGCUCAAGAAGAGCCAGGAGCAGCAGCCGGCGCAGGCCGCGGAGGACGCGGACGUGGCCUGGGGCCACGAGUUCGAGGCGCUGGACUCGCUGCGCCGCUUCGCCCAGCACCACCAGGACCUGGCCCGGCAGCUGCUGGAGGAGGGCGUGCUGCUGACGCUGGUGCUGCCGGCGGCGUCGAGUCUGCGCUCGGCCAUGGCCAGGAACGCGCUGCUGUGCGUGCAGGACCUGGUGUUCGGACUCAAGGAGGAGACGGCCGCGCACUUCGACGACGUCGUCCCCGUGCUGCUGAACCGCGCGUGCUCCGAGAAGCAGUUCCUGAAGGACCUGGCCAGGGACGUGCUGGACACGGCGCUCGCAGCGGGCGCGGACGAACUGAUCCUGCGGCCGUUGCUGGCGACCAGUACGACGGAGAAGAACGCGCAGAUUGUCAGCGUGGCGGGCCUGUACGUGACCAAGUGCAUCAUUCGGAUGGAUCGCGAACACCUACGCACGUUCGUGCUGGAGACGCGCAGCUCGUUCUUCGAGGAAAUGGUGGCCUUCCUUAAUUGCAAAGUGGUGGAGUGCAAGGCAGCAACGCGUCGCAGUUGCCAGCACACACGUCGGGUCAUCGGGAACGAGGAAUUCGUCGCGCUGGUCAAGGAGAAGCUCAGCGGCACCGCGCAGCUGGAUGUGCUCAAGGCCUCGGAGAUCCGCAAGGCUCCCAAGCCCGGCCACGCCAAGUCGAGUAUCCGCGAGCGCAUGCUCCAGAUGAAGAAGCAGCAGCAACAGCAGAAAAAGGUGCAGAGUGGGGGGAACGAUAUCUCGGUCGUCGUCGUUGCGCCUCCUCGGUCGAGAUCAGCCUCCGCACAGCAGACGCCG